UUUGGAAACCCACAUAAAUGCUUUGAGUGUGGAAAGAGCUUCAAUUAUAGAGCAGAACUUAGGCAACAUGCAAGAAUUCACACAGGAGAAAAACCUCAUAAAUGCCUGGAGAGCUUCAGUCAUAGCAGCAGCCUUUAUUUACAUCAAAGGAUCCACACAGGACAAAAACCUCAUAAAUGCCUGGAGUGCGGAAAGAGCUUCAAUCAGAGAUCAAAACUUACCCAACAUGCAAGAAGGCACACCGGAGAGAAACCAUUUCAAUGCAUGGAGUGUGGAAAGAGCUUCAGUCAGAAGAGCCACCUUUAUACACAUCAAAGGAUCCACACAGGAGAAAAACCUCAUACAUGUCUGGAGUGUGGAAAAAGCUUCAGUGUGAGGAGCAGCCUUUAUCAACAUCAAAGGAUCCACACAGGAGAAAAACCUCAUAUAUGUCUGGAGUGUGGAAAGAGCUUCAGUGUGAGGGGCAACCUUUAUCGACAUCAAAGGAUCCACACAGGAGAAAAACCUCAUGAAUGCCUGGAAUGUGGAAAGAGCUUCAUUCAGAGGAGCAGCCUUUAUACACAUCAGAGGAUCCACACAGAAGAAAAACCUCAUAAAUGCCUGGAGUGUGGAAAGAGCUUCACUCAGAGAGGAGAGCUUAUGCAACAUGCAAGAAUCCACACGGGAGAGAAACCAUUUAAUUGCCCAGAGUGUGGAAAGAGCUUCAGUCAGUUGGGAAACCUUUAUAUACAUUGUGGAAAGAGCUUCAGUAAUUUGGGAAACCUUUAUAGACAUCAAAGGAUUCAUUGGGGAGAGAAAGGGAAGAAAUGCCUGGAGGGCGGAGGGUCCUUCAUAAGACCCUGGAAGCCCCAAAGGAUCCAGGAGGGAGGAAGGAAAUAUCAGUGUCUGGAAUGUGAAAAAUACUUCAAGACAAAAUACCAUCUUCAAAGGCAUCUAUGGGUCCAUUCAGGAGAAAAACCUCAUAAUUGCCUGGAGUGUGGAAAGAGCUUCAGUCAGAGGAGCAGCCUUUAUAGACAUCAAAUGAUCCACACAGGAGAAAAACCUCAUAAAUGCCUGGCGUGUGGAAAGAGCUUCAGUCUGAGGAACAGCCUUUAUAGACAUCAAAGGAGCCACACAGGAGAAAAACCUCAUAAAUGCCUGGAGUGUGGAAAGAGCUUCAGUCACAGGAGCAACCUUUAUACACAUCAAAGAAUCCACACAGGAGAAAAACCUCAUAAAUGCCUGGAAUGUGGAAAGAGUUUCAGUCAGAGGAGCCACCUUUAUCAACAUCAAAGGAUCCACACAGGAGAAAAACCUCAUAAAUGCCUGGAGUGUGGAAAGAGCUUCAGUGAGAGGAGCACGCUUUAUCAACAUCAAAGGAUCCACACAGGAGAAAAACCUCAUAUAUGCCUGGAGUGUGGAAAGCGCUUCAGUCAGAGGGGCACCCUUUAUAAACAUCAAAAGAUUCACCCAGGAGUGACGCCUCAUAAAAUCCUGAAGUGUGGAAAGAGUUUCUUGGAGAGCGGAAGUCAUUAUAAUCAUUAAAGAAUCCACAUGGGAGAAUAAGUCAGUCCCCAACUUACACCAAUUCAUUUAGUGACUGUUCAAAGUUACAAUAGCUCUGAAGAGAGUGGCUUUUGGCUUUUUUUCACACUGACAUCACUUGAUCAAAAUUCAGAUGCUUCAGAGCUAUCCCUUAAUUCACAUCAAAGAAUCCACAGAGGAGAAAAAACAUAGAAACCGCUUGAGGGAAGAGCGUUUCUUUUGAUAUCAAAGGAUUCACACUAAAAAAAACCUAUACAUUUGCCUGAGUGUGGAAAGACCUUCAGUCAUGAUACAUGUCUGAGUAAUUGAGAGUAGAGUAGAAUUCUUUAUUGGCCAAGUGUGAUUGGACACACAAGGAAUCCGUCUUCGGUGCAUAAAUUCAUUGUACAUAAAAGCUAUGAGAUAAUCAUGAUCAUAGUAAUAAAACUACAGAUCAAAUUAAAUA